CAUUUCAAUGGUUGGACGAAGGGCUGAGAUUUCUCCACUUUACGCUAUGUUUCGUGCCGUGUGGAACGGAUAUUCCUCCGGCAAAUCCAUGUGUUACUAGGGUUUUGGUUCACAGCCACCCACCACACAUAUAUAAACCCCAUCUCGCUUUUACCCCUUCUUUCUCAUCUGUCACACUGCUUUCCCAUUUGAAAGCAACUGAGAGUGAGCAGCAGUAGAUCCGAGAACAAGAUGGAGCAGACAUUCAUCAUGAUCAAGCCUGAUGGUGUCCAAAGAGGCCUGGUUGGUGAGAUUAUUAGCAGAUUUGAGAAGAAGGGUUUCUAUUUGAAAGGUUUGAAGCUCAUGUCCGUGGAGCAAUCUUUUGCUGAAAAGCACUAUGCAGACUUGUCUUCAAAGCCCUUCUUCCAGGGUCUGGUUGAAUACAUCAUCUCUGGUCCCGUUGUUGCAAUGGUUUGGGAGGGUAAGAAUGUGGUGACAACAGGUCGUAAGAUUAUUGGAGCCACAAACCCUUCUGACUCUGCUCCCGGAACCAUCCGAGGAGAUUUUGCUGUUGAGAUUGGCAGGAAUGUCAUCCAUGGGAGCGAUUCAGUUGAGAGCGCAAGGAAAGAGAUUGCACUGUGGUUCCCAGAAGGAGUCGCAGAGUGGCAGAGCAGUGCCCACUCUUGGAUCUACGAGUGAAAUGCCACGUCCAUCUGUGGAUCUUACAUUUCGAAAUGAUUUAGGACUUGAGACGACAACUCAUCUAUGCCUGUUUGUUUUUGGUUCUGGUUAUUAUGAACUUUUACGUUUUGACUGUGAUUGGGUUUUUAGAACCUGGUGAUUUUAGUGCCUGCUUUAUUUGACGAUACUUUUAAGAAAUGGGAAUCUUGUGAUAUUUAUUAGUA